CACGCCUGGCGUGGUGGACGAGGAAGGGACUCGGACUUCCACGGCAGUGGGAACACCACGAAAAACCGAAGGUAUAUCAAGGUGUCCGCGUGAAGAUCACGGUGAAGGAGCUGCUGCAGCAGAGAAGGGCACACCAGGCAGCCUCAGGGGGAACCAUGAGACUGCCAAGGGCACUCAGGAGGUGGCAGCAGCAGAACCACCAAAUAAACCAGCUGUCCGGAGGCAGCAGUACCCACCUUUCAGACCCAGUUGCACCAUCUUCUGCAGGACUGUAUUUUGAGCCUGAACCGAUUUCUUCCACGCCCAAUUAUUUUCAUCCCCGAGACUUUUCCAGUUGUGUUUCUUGUGAAGAAAACCCAGGCUGCCUUGACCAGAUCUUUGAUUCUUACCUUCAGUCAGAGACACACUCGGAGCUCAAUGCCACGCAAAGUGCCCCACAUGGCUAUUUCCCAGAUGGCUUCCAGGCUGCCCCUUUCUGCUUUAACGAGAGCCUGACCCCGGGAUCACCUUCGGAUUCCUCCACUCUCUCUGGCUCCUUAGACUACAGUUACUCACCAGCUCAGCUGCCUUCGUAUGCUCCGGAGAAUUACACCUCUCCCCCUCCUCUGGACACGCGAAACUGUGGCUACCCCUCAGAAGACUACUUCUCCCAUCACUUGCCCUCGCACACCCAGUACAACUGCUUCUCCUCGGCCACCACCUCCGUCUGCUACUGCGCCUCCUGCGAGGCAGAGCACUUGGAUGCCCUCCGAGCAUCAGAGUACUUUCCCUACCCCGGCACAGACUGCCUGGAACUUGCCCCCUCAGCAGCCGCCGCCAGCGAUUUCUAUAAGAGGGAAACAAACUGUGACAUCUGCUAUAGUUAAUAGAAAUUACAGUCAUUUGGAACCUGGCAUGGGUAUAUCUGUUUUUCUACCACAUCUAGAUGACACUUCAAAAUAUGCAACCCGUUAACAAAUAUCACAAGCACCGUCUACAUGUCACCAUUCUCAACUUUCUGAUGCUAACUUAGCCAUAAAUAUGAAGUCCUCAAACCCGGUCACAGUGUCACUCCUACUUUGUAUGCUCACAGUUAAAAUUUUUAUAGGGAACUUUCAAUUGUUUUACUUUUCUGUAUAACGAACAAAUUCUCUCUCUGUCUCUUUUUUUUACCAAUAAAUAAUUUUGUAUUAC